AUGUUUACUUUGUGUUUGGUCGCUUUUCUAUUCGCGCGCAGAGGCGUUUCCACCGACGGAGGCGCACCGCUGACGGGAUGGUACGAGCCCCCGAACGAACGUGGCACGUGGGAUAUCAUCGUUUCAUGUGUUUUGACGUUGACCAUCUGCGUUUGGUCAGCGCUACAUCUCAACGUGCCCACUGAGGAGUCGAAGCUCGCAGAAAGGAACUACAGGCGAGUGCGAUGGAUUGUUUUGGGCUUGUUCGCGCCUGAGCUGGUGGUGUCGACUGCAUUUGGCCAGUUUCUGACAGCCCGGUGGCUACGAGGAGAGAUUCGAAAAGACUUUCUAUAUCGCAAGGAGCAUGUACGCUGGUCCUCGGAACAACAGCUGCAAGAAUGGAGUAUAACUCAGUGCUACUACGCAGUUAUGGGCGGAAUUCGAAUCCAGACUAACAGUGAAUGCAUCCCAAGUCACGGUCGACUUUCCUUGACAGCAGAAGGCGUGCGCAUGUUAUCAUUCCUUGGCAGGCUGCCUGAAAUCGACGAAGGUCAGAUCGAGGAUAAGAGCAAGGCUGACGGACUCGCAAAGUUCUUGGUAGUGCUCCAGGCUGGCUGGAUGAUCAUACAGACGCUCGCGAGAGUUCACCAGAAGCUCCCGGUGACACUACUCGAGAUCAACACGAUGGGUCAUGUUGUAUGUGCCUUUGCUCUUUACGGGCUCUGGUGGAGCAAGCCAUUGGACAUCAAGGAUCCAACCAUGGUUUUAAACGAGGAGUGGCAAGAUCGAUUAUUGUCCCUGAUGUGGAUGUGCAGUCCAAUCUGCUGGCACAAUGACGACUUCAUCAGCGAGAUCCGUUGCUUGCAGUACACUCCGCCCUCCGAAAGACAGUCGAUCAAUACACCAAUCUCGCCGAUAGAACAAAAGCCGCAGAAGACGCACUUUUCCAUAGGCUCAAUCGGCGCACAAGAUCCAAUCAAGUUCAUCGGUCCACUGGAUCAGUUCCAGCAGGGGGGCGUCGACGGCGAAGGAUUGGAUCACAACGUCAGCUAUGCAGUUCACGGGAAGAAGUCAUUCAAGAUUGCCAAGGAACACACCAUAUUCUUCCAGCUCCAAACGCCACAUCACGGCCUGCACCACUCAGCGGUCUACUGCCGUCGCGCAUUAAAGGAUUGCGACUUCCACGAGGAGCUUUCUCCUGCAGCAAUCAAGCGCUGGGAGCUUGCCUGUCUCGCGGUCGAUGAUCUGUGGACUACGUGCGUGAGGCGCCCUGAGUUUACGGAAUACUUUUUUACGUUGUCCACGCUCGGCUCCAAGGACAAAGAUGACACGGCCAUGGCGACAAAGUUCGUCGGCGAACUCGCCUACAUCGCCGACCACGUCCCAAACUUUCCUGGGCUGGGCUAUCUGGGCUCGGUCAACGUCCAUCGCGAUGCGCUGAAAUCAGUGGUCGCUUUUACAGGAGCCGCGUACGGCGGCCUCCAUCUCGCCGCUUGGAACGACUUCUUUCCCACAGUGGCCGAGAAGUGGCUUUGGAUCAGUUGCGCUCUGGCCACGGGAGCUUCGGGUGUGUUGCUCGCCUUGUUCUUUCUUGCAUCGCAGAAGGUCAAAGCAUUCGAAUAUCUCGAGCACUUUAUCCGGAACAGCAAGGCCAUCAAAUGGACCAGCGCCUCGAUUAUCACGCCUUUGUUCCUGACGGCGCGUAUUUUCAUCGUGGUGGAGGCCUUUAUCAGUCUCCGCCGGCAGCCGGCAGAUGUAUACAAGACUCCGGAAUGGAGCGAGUACCUGCCACAUCUAUGAGGUUGAUGGAGAAACCUAAAGUAGAGGCCACAGUAAUCUGUCUAGCAUAUUCAUAGCAUGUAAUGAUU